CAGCGGACUGACAAACAUACCUCUGUGUUUCCAAGAGUGUGUACUUGUGGAAACCAUUAGCUUAGUAGCAAGAGCUAUAAUGGGAAAUACACAAGGCAGCACUGUGGAUGACCUGCAGGCAGUGGAGCUUCACCACUGGUACAAGAAGUUCAUGACUGAGUGCCCAUCAGGACAGUUGACUUUGCAUGAGUUCAAACAAUUCUUUGGCCUUAAGGGAUUGAACCAAGAAGCUAAUGCCUACAUUGAACAAAUGUUUAAGACUUUUGAUAUGAAUAAGGACGGAUACAUUGACUUCAUGGAGUAUGUGGCUGCCCUUAGCUUAGUCCUUCGAGGUAAAAUGGAACAGAAACUGCGCUGGUACUUCAAACUGUAUGAUGUGGAUGGCAAUGGCCGUAUAGACAGGCAUGAACUGCUCAACAUCAUUAAGGCUAUCCGUGCCAUUAAUGGUUGUGAACAGCAUAUGUCGGCGGAAGAGUUCACAAACCAAGUCUUUGACAAUAUUGAUGUUAAUGGAGAUGGAGAACUUUCUCUUGAAGAGUUUGUUGAAGGAUCCAAGAAAGACAAAGAGUUUUGUGAGGUGAUGAUGAGUAGUCUAGACCUCACUCACAUUGUUACAAUGAUUCAUAAUCGAAGAUACAGUGUGUAAAAAGGAAAUGGACAGAAUUUCAGACAAAUAUUAGUUAUAACGCGGACACAGACUCAGACGCACACACACACAUACGCAUACAAACCACAUAUUCCAGCAUGGGUAAGAUGAUUAUUCUUCAGUAAUAGAAAUCAUUCUGUUAAUCUAAUGCACAGCUUCAAUCUGGAAAGAAGAACCUGAGUACAGCUUGCAUUGUGACACAAGUAUUAUGGAAAGACCUUCACAAGAUGCACUGGCUUGGAGCUAUAGGUCUGCUGGCUGACAGUGACUCCACCUUUGACCAUCCAUAACAAGAUGGCAUGAAAGGGCAUUGUAGAACUGGAGCACAAUCAGAGCUGUUGAAAUAUUUUUAAUUAUGUUGGAAUGGAUGUAUAUACACCAUAUUUGAAUAAUGCUUCAACCUGACACUAUCCUGCAUGAAUGACCUCCGUUUUGUAAAACUGCUUUCCCCUGAACGCAUAAUGUGACCAUACAGCAUCACCAACCCUGAAGCUACCUUUGUCCAAUUUCAAGAGUGAGGGGAUGACCCAUUUAUCAGUACAUCACUCACCUACAAACUGAUUUAUUUCUGUAAAGUCAAGGAUAUAAUUACAGGAUUUAUUAUAUUUUUUAAAAACUUUAUGUGAUUAAAAUAUUUUUAUUAAUUCUGA